UUCCUCUGCACUUCCUGCUUUCCACCGCAGCAGUGACAGACGGAACGAAAACAAAAUGCGAUAAAUGAACUUUACUGCUGAGCUGUGAUCAGUGACAGCGUUAUUAACGCUUACUGACAGAUCGUUUAAAUGUCAGUUCUCUGUUCCUGAGGCGUGUUGUAGUACUAUAAAGUCAAACAUGCAGUUCUCUCCCACCAACGGAGAUUUCACGUUUGUCUCCUCGACAGAGGCUGAAGAGCUCAGCGGCACCAUCAGCGCCCCGGACAUUAAACUGAACAUAGGCGGUGAGAGUGCUAAAGAUCCGUAUGCCACCACCUUCCUGAGGCAGCGAGGCUACGGCUGGCUGCUAGAGGUGGAGGAGGAGGACAAUGAAGAGACCAAACCUCUCCUGGAGGAGCUGGACAUUGACCUGAAGGACAUCUACUACAAAAUCCGAUGUGUGCUGAUGCCAAUGCCAUCGCUGGGAUACAACCGGCAGGUGGUCAGAGACAACCCGGACUUCUGGGGCCCUCUAGCCGUGGUUCUGCUCUUCUCCAUGAUCUCCAUCUAUGGACAGUUCAGGGUUGUGUCUUGGAUCAUCACCAUCUGGAUAUUUGGAUCACUAACAAUCUUCCUGCUGGCUCGUGUUCUUGGUGGUGAGGUUUCCUUCGGCCAGGUUCUGGGAGUGAUUGGAUAUUCCCUUCUUCCCCUCAUCGUUAUAGCUCCACUGCUCUUAGUGAUUGGAGGGUUUGAGGUGGUUUCUACACUAAUCAAACUCUUUGGCGUGUUCUGGGCUGCUUACAGUGCUGCUUCGCUGCUCGUCGGAGAUGAAUUUAAAACAAAGAAGCCCCUCCUCAUAUAUCCCAUUUUCCUUUUGUAUAUCUACUUCCUAUCACUAUAUACUGGUGUGUGACUGGAUGAAGUGAUACUGUGGACCUUUUCAUGAACAGUGACCCUUGAGCAUGGUGUGGGGGGUGGGGGGGGGAACCAGGAUUUUUUUUAAAAGAUGUUUAUUUCUUUUUUAACUCUGUUCUAGACAGUGGGAUGUUGGGAAUAUACAUCAAUGUAUAUAGUUUUGUCUCUUAUGUCGUUGGUCAAUAAAAUGCAUUGUGCUUUUACAGCUUAAAAUUGGGUAUGCAGACUUCUCGUUCAGCAGUGCAAUACAGUCCCCAUAGUUCUGUAUUUACUAGUAGUACAUGAAGUAGGAAGUAGUCAUAGGGUUGUAUAUUAAUUUGAGGUUGUUGUUUUUUUUACACUUUGUCACACAAAAGAAUGUGGUGCCAAAUAUUUGUGUGUGUGUAUAUGUUCAAGGAAGAAUCUGAGAAAAAAGACAGCACCGCACAGAAAGGAGAUUGUCAGUGUUAUGCACUGUAAUGUUCUAUGACAAGUGUCCAUUUAUGCUUUUCAUUUUUCACACUUGUUUUCUUAAUUUAUGGAUUUCAGCAGCAGAAGCAGGUCAACUAAAUCAUUGUCUACUAA